AUGAUGAGAAAUCUACAACCAUCGACCACGUAUUAUUAUCAGAUUAGCGGGCGACAGUUCUCGUUCAAGACGAUGGCAGAAAAUCCUCAGACCUACAAGGCGUGUAUAUUUGGUGAUCUCGGCUAUUUCCACGGAAACUCCACUGAAAGCCUAAUACGGAAUGGUGAUAUUGCCUACGACUUACACGCGCAGAACGGCCAAACUGGUGAUGACUACAUGAAUCAGCUUGAGCCACUGAUAUCCAAGGUGCCUUAUAUGGUAGUGGCUGGAAAUCAUGAAGACGAUGGCAAAAACUUCACGGACUAUCAA